UGGUUGCUUAACCUGCCUACUCUCCAAACCAUCCACCCUAUAUAACAGCUGACUCCAGUGGGUAUCACUAUGAACCAGCUCAGGAAAGAAGGAUGAAGUCUCUUGGUGUCUACGUGCUACUAAGCUUUGCAGCCGCAGUCUGCUGUGUGCCUGUCUCCAAAGUAACAGUGCAAGAUGAAAGUUUUGCAAAGGGUUACCUGAAGAGAUUCUUCAACCUGACAGAGGAGAAAGAGCCGUUAUCUCGGAAAGGAGCCAACCCAAUGAGCAAGAAGCUGAGUGAGAUGCAGAAAUUCUUUGGUCUCCGGAUAACGGGGACUCUGGAUAACAACACCCUGGAGGUGAUGAAGAAACCCCGCUGUGGAGUCGCAGAUGAAAACAUUGCCCGAUAUUCGACUUUUGGAGACGGCCUCAAAUGGAAAAAAAACACCAUCACAUACAGGUUUGUGAAUUAUACCCCCGACAUGUCUCAGGCAGAGGUGGAUGACUCCAUUCGAAGAGCUCUAGAGGUUUGGGCCAAAGUCACUCCUCUGAGGUUCACAAAACUUACCAGUGGCACGGCUGACAUCAUGAUCUCCUUUGCUCGUCGAUCACACGGUGAUAAUUACCCCUUUGAUGGGCCUGGCAGUACUCUUGCCCACGCCUUUGCUCCUUCUCCUGACAUCGGAGGAGACGCUCACUUUGACGACGAUGAGACCUUCACAUUUCGUUCAAGCAAAGGCUACGUCCUCUUCCUGGUUGCUGCCCAUGAGUUCGGCCACUCUCUGGGCUUGUCCCACUCUGACAAUCGCGCUGCUCUCAUGUACCCUCUGUACUCAUACAAAGACCCCAACACCUUUGUUCUGCCCCAAGAUGAUGUCAGAGGCAUCCAGUCGCUUUAUGGUUCAAAUCCUUCUGGAGUUACCACAAUAACUACAACAGGUUCAAAACCUUCUGGAGGUACCACAGCAACUACAACAGGUUCAAAUCCUUCUGGAGUUACCACAGCAACUACAACAGGUUCAAAUCCUUCUGGAGGUACCGCAGCAACUACAACAGGUUCAAAUCCUUCUGGAGGUACCGCAGCAACUACAACAGGUUCAAAUCCUUCUGGAGGUACCGCAGCAACUACAACAGGUUCAAAUCCUUCUGGAGGUACCGCAGCAACUACAACAGGUUCAAAUCCUUCUGGAGGUACCGCAGCAACUACAACAGGUUCAAAUCCUUCUGGAGGUACCGCAGCAACUACAACAGGUUCAAAUCCUUCUGGAGGUACCACAGCAACUACAACAGGUUCAAAUCCUUCUGGAGGUACCGCAGCAACUACAACAGGUUCAAAUCCUUCUGGAGGUACUGCAGCAACUACAACAGGUUCAAAACCUUCUGGAGAUCCCACAGCAACUACAACUCAGGCUCCCACCAUCCCUGAUGUCUGCAGCUCACCUGUGGAGUUUGAUGCGGUCACCACCUUGAAAGGAGAAAUGUUUUUCUUCAAGGACAGCUACUUGUGGCACAGCAGCUCCCAGAGCAGCACGCCCCAAAAAAGUCUUAUCUCAAGCUUCUGGCCCAACGCCCCAAUGAGCGUUGAUGCUGCUUACGAGAACCCAAGGACUGGCAACGUCUUACUUUUCAAAGGUUCUAAAGUAUGGGCCUUCUCUGGAACCCAGCUGGUACAGGGCUACCCAAAGUCCCUCUCUGAAUUUGGUCUGCCAAGUUUUUUGACAAAAGUCGACGCUGCUUUUCAAGAUACUCGGUCUGGAAAAACCUAUCUGUUCUGGGGGGGCUACUUCUACUUGACUUUUGAUGAAAGCAGAAAGGCUGUGGAAUCAUUUUCCUGGGUGAGACAGAAGUUUUCCGGAAUGAGCAACAAGGUGGCAGCAGCCACCGAGAAAGAAGGUUAUGCUCACAUCUACAGUGGCCUCUACAUGUACAUGUAUGACCUGUUGAGCGGGAAGUUGCUACGUGUGCUGAAGAACACCUUCCUGCUUGGCUGUAAUUAGCUUAAGGCACUUUAUUUUGGCAUUACGUAGCUUUUCAUCUUAUCUAAGAAUGUAUUUAAUGUAGAGGUGGUGGAAUAAAAUUUAGGCAUACACUCUUCUGAAUUAAAAAAAUAACCAAAAAAAAAAUGUUAUCAUUUAGAUGGAGCUGAAAACAUUAUUUGUCCAAUGAAUGUGUGAAUAAAGAAUCAGCAUUCAA